AUGGAAGCUGAACUGAGGUCUUUGCUUGAUGGUUUGCAUUUGUUAAAAGAUUUUGGUUUGGAGGUCUAUCCACUUACUAUUGAAAGUGAUUCCCAGAUCCAGCAUUCAUAUAGAGAGAGUAACACUGUGGCUGACUCAUUGGCGACUAUUGGUGUUCAAAACAGGGCUUCUGUGACCUACUCAUCAUCUGCAACAUUACCUAUCCAAACCAAGCAACUGCUAUGGCAGGAUCAGAGACAGAUUAGGUCUCUGCGUUCUACGGUUAAAGCUUCAAGGCAUUUGAAUUUAGAUCUCAUACAGAAGAAGAGGCGAGGAGUUCUAUCUAUACAGCAUGCAUAUAGAGCAAAGAUAUUCAUGCUUAUUCAUCCAAUGUCAACACAAGUAGAAGAGGAAUUCGUUGAGGCUCUUCUCUUUUCGUCUCUGCUGGAAGAGGAUGGCAGCUCUAUCGCUGACUUCAACUUGGAACACCAGCUGGAUAUUCAUCUUCUUUGCCUUGAGUUUUGGGGGAGAGGAUUUCUCCAUUUUGCUCUCAGACACUUUUCUGAAGACCAUUUACAAGUCUCCAGGGGGUCCUUUGCCAAAGUCUUUCCAGUUUCCUAG